AUGUCAAAACGAAUAUGCUUCUUGCUCCGACUCAUCCGCCCUAUUUAUUCUAACACUCCACCCCUCAAACUAGAGCCAUUGGCGUUACGUUCUGAGUUUUAAUCACUUUAAAGAGAGAAGGGAAGCCAUUCCAACGCCAAAUUCCUAAUGGGUUUGAAGGAGGAGUUUGAGGAGUAUGCUGAGAAAGCUAAGACCCUGCCAGAGAACACAACAAACGAAAGCAAGCUUAUUCUUUAUGGACUGUACAAGCAAGCCAAUAUCGGACCAGUGAACACUAGCCGUCCUGGAAUGUUCAACCCCAGGGACAGAGCGAAGUGGGAUGCCUGGAAGGCUGUUGAAGGGAAAUCGAAAGAUGAAGCCAUGAGUGAUUACAUUACCAAAGUAAAGCAGUUGCUGGAGGAAGCUGGUCUUUCUGCUUGACAUUUCUCUGUGUUCUUGGCUCCUGAAACUUGUGCUUUAGAAGUUGAAAAUAAGAAGUCAUAAAAACUAUUAGUUGUUUGGGAACUACAUUUAAAUUAAGUUUUUAAAUUAAAUAUGAUAUGUACUUCUGUUAAUUUCAAUGGUAAUAUGAUUAUGGUGGCCUUGUUGUUGAGCACAUGGCUGCAGGAGCCUUGGCUCUUUUUUCAGUGCUUAAUAACUAUGUAACUGAUUUCCUGCAA